CUUGAUAUGCGUGCCUGUCGGGCUGGUGGAGACCUACAAUCCGAUGACGGGCUGGCCACUGGGAAAAUUCAUGUGCUACUUCGUACCGUAUAGCGAGAACCUGGCCGCCAACGCCUCCAUCCUCACCCUCCUCGCCAUCGCCGUGGAACGCUAUUACGUAAUAUGCACCCCGUUUGAGGCCCACUACAUCUGCACCCCUCGACGAACCUUGGUGGUUUGCUUCCUCGUGUGGAUCUUCUCUGCGUUGGUGAACAUUCCUUUGUUGAUGACCAUCAUCUAUGUGCCCGAAUGCGUGCAUGAAGGUGAAUUCCGGUACUACUGCGCGCCAUUGAUCGACGAACAGUGGGAGAAGGUCUACGAGACGGGUACCACCGUGAUGUUCUUUCUCCUUCCGUUCUUUUUCCUCUCGUGCAUCUAUUACAUCAUCGCCAACACCCUUCGUGAGCAUAACUACAUGAUGGCCAACAUUCGGGAUAAUGAAUCUGAGAGCGGGAGUGUUCGAACGAAGGCAAAGGAUGGGUCAAUGAACCUGAAGCAACGUGAUGCGUCUUUGAAGAAACGCGAAACUGUCAAGGGUAGGAACUGUUUCAGUGAGCUUUUCCAUAGGCUAGACUGCGGUUGUUUGUCUCGCCUGGUUCAUUGGAAGACACAACAUGAGGGUGAUCAGGGGCGUCAAGAUGACAGCACCCAGGAAAGGCUGACAGACCUCCAUAUCAUCGCUGAACAGGAAAAUCCCUCGCGCGAUGAUGACGUCAUGGUAGCUGCGCUCCACAGUCGAGAUGCGGACUGCGGCAGCCGGAGCGCGCAGUCGCCGCCUUUGAAGCGCCAGGACACACCGAGCAGCUGGAAGCAGAAAUCUCUGAAAGACAAACCGGCUCAUACAAUCUACGGGAACAAGAUCCAGCGGCAUCACACGUCGACGUCAAUGACAUCCCGCUCCAGCAGGAACUCCGAUGCGAAAGGCUCAGUAAAGAGGUCAUCGAUGACGUCCCCACGUACAGCCAGCGCGAUCACCCGCCGGAACCACCAGCGCGUGAUCCUCAUGCUCGCUAACGUAGUGGUGGUGUUUUUCAUCUGCUGGAUGCCAUACCGUGCAUUCAAUCUCUGGGGCAUCUACAGCACGGCACAAGAACACAAACGUCUGACCCCACAACAGAUUGUUGCGCUCGUCACUGUAUGCCGGGUUCUUGUCUACCUUAACUCCGCCAUCAAUCCAAUCCUCUAUAACCUCAUUUCAACGAAAUUUCGUGCUGCCUUCAAGUCCGUUCUCCCGUGCGGGUCGCUUCAUGGUCGGAGACGCUCCAUGUCUAGUCGGUCUUUGUCCAGUACCUCAAGCUUCCGAUUCACCAAGAAGUCUGUUGAUCAUGCAUGUUAAAGCACAGCAUUGUGACACUUGAAUAUGAUUAGGGCUGAAGAUGAUCUGCAGUUUAAAGCCCUUUGCCUGUGAAGCGUCAUUAUGCUGACGUAGGAUUACUUCGGCAACCUGCACAAUUCUGUUUAACGCCUUGUGACAGCGAUGCCGUACAUAACAUGAAUGCAAAACAUGCAAA